AUGCAUGUACUAUCCACCCUUACCCAGGCUCUAAGCCUCUGGGCUCCCCUCGCCGCAGCCGCAUACACACUACAAGAUGACUACGGCACGGACUCAGCUUUCUUCGACAAAUUCAGCUUCUUUACAGGCGCUGAUCCAACCCACGGUUUCGUCAAAUACGUCGAUAGAAGUGCAGCCCAGAACGCAGGCCUAAUAAAUGCCGACGGAUCCAUCUACAUGGGCGUAGACUACAAGAACGCCGCUCCAGACGGCCGCCAAAGCGUCCGAAUCAGCAGCAACAAAGUCUACAACCACGGACUUUUCAUCCUAGAUCUAGCCCACUUGCCCGGCAGUAUCUGCGGGGCCUGGCCAGCAUACUGGCUCCUAGGCCCCAACUGGCCCAACAAUGGCGAAAUAGACGUCAUAGAAGGCGUAAACGACCAAACUAACAACCAAUACGCCCUCCACACCAGCGACAGCUGCACAAUCAACAAUGCAGGAUUCUCUGGCUCCCUCCUCACAAGUAACUGCUACGUCAAUGCCCCCGGCCAAGCCAACAACGCAGGCUGCGGUAUCAAAGACAACUCGGCCCAGUCUUACGGGAACGGGUUUAACAGUGCCGGCGGCGGCGUGUAUGCAACUGAAUGGACUAGUGAGGCUAUCAGUGUUUGGUUCUUCCCGCGUUCGAGCAUCCCCGGUGAUAUCGGUAGUGGACAUCCAAAUCCGAGUGGUUGGGGAACGCCGUCGGCAAGGUUUGCCGGGGCUUGCAAUAUUGAUUCGCAUUUUAAGGAUUUGCAGAUUAUCUUCGAUACGACCUUUUGCGGGGACUGGGCUGGUAAUGUUUGGGGGUCGAGUAGCUGUGCCGCGAAGGGGUCUUGCAAUAAUUGGGUGGCUAAUAACCCUGCUGCAUUCAAGGAUGCCUUCUGGCGCAUUAACUCGCUGAAGGUUUAUCAGGGCGGGGCUGCGAGCGUUGCGAGCAAUGUGACUGAGUGGAGGAUGGAUGCAAGUAUCGGCAGACGUUCAUUUAUCAGACAGCGGAGGGAGAACGGGAGAAAUUGA